UAAAGUUUCUGGCUACAAUACAAGAGACAUAUCAUUACCAUAUGAUCUAAUGUGGGUGUCAGCCGGAUUGUGUUCAUUGAGGGAAACCUUAUUUUUUAACUGUGCUAUGGAGUAGAAGCAGGAGGUUUUCAACCUAGUGACAGUCACUGAGCAGCACCUACCCCCUCCUCCUUUCCACACCUGCAAACUCUUUUGCUUGGGCUGAAUAUUUAGUGUAAUUGCAUCUCAGCUUUGAGGGCUCCUGUGGCAAAUACCCGGAUUAAAAGGUUCCUAGGCUGUGAAAAUAUCUGAGAUCAAUCAUGAAGGUGACUCUCAUCUUCCUCCUGCUUGCACACGUUUCAUGGGCUGGACCAUUUCAACAGAGAGGCUUAUUUGACUUUAUGUUAGAAGACGAGGCUUCUGGGAUAGGCCCGGAAGAUCACGUUCCUGAACUUCCAGAAUUGGAGCCCCUGGGACCUGUGUGUCCCUUCCGCUGUCAGUGCCAUCUUCGAGUUGUGCAGUGUUCUGAUUUGGGUCUGGACAAAGUGCCCAGGGAUCUUCCCCCAGACACAACGCUGCUGGACCUGCAAAACAACAAAAUAACCGAAAUCAAAGAUGGGGACUUUAAGAACCUGAAGAAUCUUCAUGCCUUGAUCCUUGUCAACAAUAAAAUUAGCAAAAUAAGCCCUGGAGCAUUUACACCUUUGGUGAAAUUGGAAAGACUUUAUCUGUCCAAGAAUCAUCUGAAGGAAUUGCCAGAAAAAAUGCCCAAAACUCUUCAGGAGCUUCGUGCCCACGAGAAUGAGAUCACCAAAGUGAGAAAAGCCGUGUUCAAUGGAUUGAACCAGAUGAUUGUCAUAGAGCUGGGCACCAACCCGCUGAAGAGCUCAGGAAUUGAAAACGGAGCCUUCCAGGGGAUGAAGAAGCUUUCCUAUAUCCGCAUUGCAGACACCAACAUAACCUCCAUCCCGCAAGGCCUUCCUCCUUCCCUCACCGAAUUACAUCUGGAUGGCAACAAAAUCAGCAGAGUGGAUGCAGCUAGCCUGAAGGGACUGAAUAACUUGGCUAAGUUGGGACUGAGUUUCAACAGCAUCUCUGCUGUGGACAAUGGCUCUCUGGCCAACACUCCUCACCUGAGGGAGCUUCACUUGGACAACAAUAAGCUUAUCAAAGUCCCUGGUGGACUGGCGGAGCACAAGUACAUCCAGGUUGUCUACCUUCAUAACAACAAUAUCUCUGCAGUUGGAGCAAACGACUUCUGCCCACCAGGAUACAACACCAAGAAGGCUUCUUAUUCAGGAGUGAGUCUUUUCAGUAACCCAGUCCAGUACUGGGAGAUACAGCCAUCCACCUUCCGGUGCGUCUAUGUGCGCUCUGCCAUUCAGCUCGGAAACUAUAAGUAAUUCCCAAGAAAACCCUCAUUUUCAUAACCUGGCAAAAUUCUGUUCAUGCCAUUGCUACAAAGAAAAAAGAAUGAAAACUAGAUUUUGGAAACUUAACUGUAUUGUGGAUGUUUUCCCACAUGACUUAUUAUGCACAAAGCCAAAUAUGCAGUUUAAAUAAUUGCCUACAAUAAAAAAUAAUUUGCCUGCCA